UAAAAAAUUGAAAUCAGCGCCUCUAGUGUCUAGAUUGGACGAGUGCAGCAACUAAACGAUUUAAAAAAGGAAAGAUGUCCUCAGAAAAGAAGGUGAUCUUGGUGACAGGAGGGACCGGUCUUGUUGGCAGGGGGAUAGAACAUGUGGUCAACCAUGGGGAGAAGAGAGAAGAUGAACAGUGGGUGUUCGUCUCGUCCAAAGAUGCUAAUCUACUUGAUAAGGAGAGUACGAAGGCAAUGUUUGAGAAGUACAAUCCAACCCAUGUGAUACACUUAGGAGCUAUGGUGGGAGGACUGUUCAAGAAUCUCAAAUUUAACCUAGACUUUUUGAGAAGCAAUAUGUUAAUAAACGACAACGUCCUUAGCAUUUGUCACGAGAAGAAAGUUAAGAAAGUUGUUUCCUGCCUGUCCACGUGUAUCUUCCCCGAUAAGACUACUUAUCCUAUCGAUGAGACUAUGGUGCACAACGGUCCUCCACAUGACUCCAAUUUUGGUUACGCCUAUGCAAAAAGAAUGGUCGAUGUACAAAAUAGGGGCUAUCGUCAACAGUAUGGCUGCAACUUCACAUCUGUGAUACCGACCAAUGUAUUUGGGCCACACGAUAACUUCAAUAUAGAUGACGGACAUGUCUUGCCUGGACUCAUGCAUAAAGUUUACAUGGCUAAGCGGGACAACACACCAUUCACUGUGUGGGGGUCCGGGUCCCCUCGUCGCCAGUUCAUCUAUUCGUUAGAUCUUGCCAAACUCUUUCUUUGGGUGUUACGAGAAUAUGAAGAAGUUGACCCAAUUAUUCUGUCAGUUGGUGAGGAGGAUGAGAUCUCAAUAAAGAAGGCAGCUGAGCUGGUUGUCGAAGCCAUGGAUUUCAAGGGAGAAGUUAUUUAUGACACAAGCAAAGCAGAUGGCCAGUUCAAAAAAACUGCCUGCAAUGCCAAAUUAAGAAAAUAUCUGCCAGAUUUUAAGUUCACGCCCAUUGAACAAGCCAUCAAAGAGAGUUGCGAUUGGUUUGUCCAGAACUACGAUAUUGUCAGGAAAUAAGGAUCGCUUAAGGAACUGAAUCACAUUCAUAUCGGAACAGCUGGGUUUUAUAAGCUCUGACUAAUCAGGACCAACAUUCUAUCUUUUAGUGACAUUUUUAGUUCUCUGGAAGGCUUGUACGGAUUCAUGGAUUUAAGAGAACUUUUUCUCUGGCAAUAUUUCCCCACAAUUUCUUGUGGCGUGUCCACUGUUCACAAUUCUGGAAAUCAACACGCAGUUCUGAACGUGUUUCUUUAGAUUUGGGUGUUGAUUUUAAAGGGACCGCCGUUCGUCAUUACUGGUGGUCCAGGAAAAUAGAAAUGCAUUAUACACAAUGCUGUAGUGCAAUUACUAUGCAUACAAAUUUGCUGAAACUUGGUAUUUAUAGCUCUUGUGAAUCUGUCAACACAAUGGCAAUGCUAAAAUUUAUUUGAGUACGUGUUUAUGCAAUUGGAAAUUUUCAAAUACAAAUACUAAUUUUAAACGGCAUAGGCCUUUAGUUAGUUCGAGAGACCUGAGGAUGCCUCUGGGAACGGUGGGCAAACGCUGUGAGAGAAAAAGUUACUGCAAAUUGCAAAACUUUUGCUGGCAUUUUGGCAGCAAGGUGAGGCCCAGAAAUAUUUUGAAUAGGGGUAUUAGAAUCUCCGGAUAUGAGUCCAGGAUAGGAACCGUAGCUCCAAAAACUAUCCUUUGACAGCAAUUGAAAAACCUUUAUUGAAAAAGAUUAUUCGAAUGUUAAAAUCAGCUGGACUGAUACAUGUAUGAUUUCAGUAUGACGAUGCCGAAUGACGUCAGAGGUCGUCUCUAAAUAGACUCUAACAUUUAGAUUGGAUGUAGUUAAUUUGUUUUAUGCCUAAAUAUGCUUAUAGAGGGGCAAGGGUCGUAAUGAAUUUUUUUCUCCUGUUAAUGGUGCCUGUGCUGGCUGGGCUUGGUAAGUGGUUUACUAGGAAUCUAGGAAAUGUUAUAUUUUAUAAAGUGAACUCUGGACGCUUUCACACGAAGUGCACCCUAGGGUGUCUGCAGAGAAUGCCUCGCUUUUGAUUUGCGCUUUGGGGGUAGUGGGUUUAUUCAGUAGAAGAUCCAAAUGCACAACACGAAAAUUCCCGUGAGCUCCACGUCAAUCUUACUCGGGAAUUUAUAUUUGACCCGUCGGCUUUAAGCUGCGUAUCAUGUAUAUAGGUGACAACAGCCCUGAUGAGUUAUGUUAUUCAUGUAUGUGCAUGUUUAUUUUAACAUGUUUAAGAAAUAAUCGUUUAUAAUGUACUUUGGCCGUGUACGUUAACCCUUCAGAUCCUGGAACAUUUUUAUGUGUUUCCCUGUAUUUCCCUUGAGCAUUUCAUAAAUUUUCACCCAAAAAGACCUUACAAAAGCUCCCCUGUACAGGACAGCUACUAAAUUUCAAUGAUUAUUUCAUCAAUAGAUUCCUAAACCACCGAAAACCAACCUUAGUUUCAUUGCUUAAGUAAAGAUGGCGAUGGUGUCGCUUGAGAUUAGGUACGUACUGGUGGCUGGUCAGGGAUAUAUAGACGAAAAUCUGUGGCCGGAUAUCGGCCGGUUAGGAUCUAAAGAGUUAGAGAGACAGAAACAUCCUAUAUUGCAUUUACAUUAUUUACAUGAUUAAUAAUACUGGUUAAUGAAUCAUGUACAUGUGUAUUUGAAGAAGAAAUGUUUGUAAUGUAUUUUGGCAAUGUACUCAAAAGAGAGAAUCAUCCUAUAUCACA